AAUUUUUUUACAUUUUAAAGUUAUAUAGACAUGAAUUUAUUACAUGUGCACUUUAUGGCAUUACGCCCUUAGUUUUAAGCCAGGGAUCGGAUUUUUAAGUUUUAACCCUAAUUUUUAAUUAAUUCACGUGAAAAUUGUAGAAUUUUUAAACGAAUUUUUAAAUUAUUUGAUUUUUUCUUUAUUUAAACCGUUUUAACUAAUAUGUGUAAGAUAUUUGAACCCUAAACGAGCCAAAAUGUCGUUGAGCUUCGAUAGUUACCACGGACACAGCCCGGUUUAUAGUAAUUUUAACGAAUACAAAGGAGACGCUAUUUCAGAUUCAAAUUUGAAUUAUGCCGGAAACUCAAAUGAUUUAUCGAACAAGAUAAACGAGAAUAGUCUAGUGGAGUUGACUUUAAACCUUGAGAGGGAGCGGGAGACUUAUUUGGAGGCUGUUGCUGUCCUACAUGACCAACUGCGCGAAUCCCACGAGCAGUGCCAGCAACUUGUAAACUCUCAUGCCGAACUGACUAGGGAACUUGAAGCUGAGGUUGACGAUGGCUGGAAGGAGGCCAAACACUGGCAAGAUAAGUAUUACAAGAGUUGCAGGAUAAUGAAGGCUGCCGGUAUUGACGUUAACAAGUACCCUAACCUGUCAGUGGUUGGAAGUCCUGAUAAUGAAGCCACUAACAUUUCAAGUGUUAGUACAAGUGGAAAUGACCUCAAUGACUACCCAGCUGAGAAUUUUAACGGAACCUGGGUCUACACACUCUCUGACAACUUUGAGGAUCUCGAGACCCUCGCUAAUAUUCAUAGUCUUUCUAACAAUAACUUUCCUCUAACUGAAGCUGAAGCGAAAAUGAGGGAGAAGGUAAAGAAUGCAUGGAUAAAUCUCAAGACUCCCAGAAGAUUCUCAAAUCACUACCAAGUUCCUGAAUAUAUGCGUGAAACCAACUCUGAACCACUAUCAAAAAUACUCGAACUACUUAAAUACGUUGAUUACUAACUUUAAAAGGAUGAUAACACCACUAGUAAUCUAAUGAGUUUGGUGAAAAUACUAUUAAAGGAAUGAGUCUGUUGAAAAUACUAUUAAUCUAUUGAGUAUCUUAAAUUAAACUUUAAAUUACAGGUUAUUUAAAAAUUGAAGUGAAAUUGAGGCGACUUUACUCCAGAAGGCUUUCUGUAGAUGAACUGGUAACUGAAGCGAAAGGUUUAAAAAAUCCUUUUGGAGUAAGUCACAGGCUCUCUUCAUGGGUGCUGGAUCCUCAUUACCAUAUACGUUUUUACUUGAGUACUCAACUUGACCGUCAGAGAAGAACAAGUUUACUGAAAUACACGUUUUAAUAUCCUCAGAA